CCCUUGCCUUAGUCCCUUACCUUAGUCGCUUACCUUCUCAACGUGUGCAUAUCGGCGCCGGAUCGGGCCCCAUACGACGUCAUCUCGCAUUUCCCACCCAAUAAAUCUCAAGCCGAUGUCCCCCUUCGGUCGCAACGGUGAUAUCGCCGGCGCCGGCACGCUCACGCCGCCGCCCACGACAGGCCGCAACUCGCCGCGCUUCUUCGGCAAGCUCAACACGUCCAUGAUCGAGUCCAAGUUCCUCGCGCACCCGGAAGACCUCGGCAUCGUCGCCGUCGGCUUCUCGGGCGGGCAGGGCAAGCCGGGCGUGGACGCGGCGCCGACGGCGCUGAUCGAGGCCGGCCUGCUGACGCAGCUGCGCGACGAGCUCGGCUACAACCUGCACGGCCACGACACCGUACACCUGUACAAUGACCUGGUCCCCGCGCAGGACCCGCCGCACCGCGGCAUGAAGAACCCGCGCGCCGUGUCGGCCGUCACGCGCCGCAUCGCCGGCCAGGUGUACGAGCACGCCCGCGAAGGGCGGCUGGUGCUGACGCUGGGCGGCGACCACAGCAUCGCCAUCGGCACCAUCGCCGGCACCGCUAAAGCCAUGCGCGAGCGGCUCGGCAGGGAGAUCGCCGUGAUCUGGGUCGAUGCGCAUGCCGACAUCAACACGCCCGAGACGAGCGGCAGCGGGAACGUCCACGGCAUGCCGGUCAGCUUCUUGACCGGUCUCGCCAGGGAGGACAAGGACGAGUUUUUCGGCUGGUUGAAGGACGAGCACCGGAUCAGCGUUAAGAAGCUGGUAUACAUCGGCCUGAGGGAUGUUGACCCGGGGGAGAAGCGGAUCUUGAGGGAGAACGGGAUCAAGGCGUUCAGCAUGUUCGAUAUCGACAAGUACGGCAUCGGCCGCGUCGUGGAGAUGGCGCUCGCGCACAUCGGCAACGACACGCCCAUCCACCUGUCGUUCGACGUCGACGCGCUCGAUCCCUUGUGGGCUCCCUCGACCGGCACGCCCGUGCGCGGCGGCCUGACGCUGCGCGAGGGCGACUUCAUCUGCGAGUCGGUGCAUCAGACGGGCAGCCUGGUGGCCGUCGACCUCGUCGAGGUCAACCCGCGCCUGGCGCCGGAGAACGACAUCGGAGCGCACGAGACGGUCAGGGCGGGCUGCUCCCUUGUCCGGUGCGCGCUCGGCGAGAGCUUGCUGUGAGGUGGUCAGAACGAAAACGGCGGAGGGAAUGCCGCGAGCUUCCUGCGGCUUUUUGGUUGGAUGUUGUCUUGCGUACGGAAU